AUGCCUCCCCAUUUGCCCGGCCAGUCCGGUCACGGAUUGCAAGCAGGAGGGCACGGACACGGGGCGGCAGUAACAGGUCUUGCGCCUGCUGCAGACCGCAUGGGGGGCAGCGAGGGGGGAAGCUUGGGGGGAGCCUGGGCUGGGAGCAACGAGGGGGGAAGCUUGGGAGGUGCCCGGUUCGGAGGCAGUGAGGGGGGGAGUCAGGGGGGAGACAUGAGGCAGCCUGGCGGACAAGGGCUAGGGAUGCCAGGGAGGGUUUCUGUGGCGGCUGGUGCGCCUGGGACGCGUCUGUCUGGUGCUGGUGGUUCUGUGGGAGUGGGGGUUGGAGAGGGGGAGCAUACUCUCUCUCUCUCUCUCCUAGUGUGCCUCAUCUGUCUUCUCGCAUCUCCACUCAUCUCCUCUCCUAUCAUCUCCCUUCCUCUCCUUUCACCUCGUCUCAUAGAUUACCAGUUCCUACCCUUCGCGCUCCCUCCUACUCCGUCUCCUCCUCCUGCUGCUGCUGCUUCUCCUGCUGCUCCUGCUGCUACUCCCGCUCGCCCAAACGCGUCAGCAGCAGCAGAGAUGGGAUCUGGUUUCGCUAGCAGCAGCCACGCAGCAGCAGUGCCAGCAGCAGCAGCAGCCGAUGCAGCCUCUGGGUUCAUAUCCCCCCACACAGACGCUGCUGCUCCUGCAGCAGCGGCAGCUGGGGGUGGGGCGGCACAUGUGGACUGGCGCUUAGGACAGGGUCACGCUGCCUCUGGGGUUGGGGCUGCAGCUGAGUCCGGGGAGAGCAAAGCGGCUGGGAAAGCGGGUGGUGGGCAUGGGGAUGGGGAGGGAGCGUUUGCAGGGAGAGGGAGGGGAGUGAGAGGUCUGGGUCGAGGGGGACGAGGCGGGGGACGGGGAGGAGGAGGAGGGGGAGGAGGAGGGGGUGGGGGAGGUGUUGGUGGUGUGGCGGGUGUGGUUGUUUCAGCAGGAGGAGAAGGAGAGGAGGGAAGAGGGGGAGGUGAGGGAGGCAGGGGAGGAGGUGGGAGUGGAAUAGAGGAAGUUGUCCCAUUUCCUUUGCUCUUAUUUGUUCCCGCCGUCUCUCGUCUCCAGGCCAAAGCAGCAGCAGCAGCCACAGCAGCAGCAGCGGCUGCUACAGCGUCUGCCCCCACGCCAGGUCCCCACCCCCCUGCAGGCCGGCCAAAAGCCGGCCCGGGAGCAGCAACUGGGGCAGCAGGGGGAGCAGCAGCAGGGGCGGCUGGGCCUGGUGGUAGGCCCACUGCUCCUGUGUCGAUGUCAGCACAGGAGGCAGAGGUAGCAGAGGCGCUCUUUGACUUUGCCAACCUGCUCGCGUUUGGAUCAAAUGAAGCCGAAGAGGAAGCACCACUCAAGAAGCGGAGAGGGGCAGUGGCAGCAGCAGCAGCAGCAGCAGCAGCGGCGGCAGCGGGUCAAGCGGGAGGUGAAAACUCUGCUAAAGCAGCCGCAAUGGCCGCAGCACAGACCGUACCAGCAGGUGCAACAGCAGCAGCAGCAGGAGCAGCAGGAGCGGGGGCGGCGGGAGGAGGGGGAGGAGGAGCAGGUGGGAAAGCAGGCAGUGCCCCUUCCACCCCACCGGAGGUAUCAGGUCCCAUAGGGCAGGUGCUUUCCCUCCCACCCACCCUCGGUCCAGCCAGCAGAGAUCCUCUGGGACCCUUUUCCGCUGCUGUUGCUGCUGCUGCAGCAGCAGGUGCUGCUGGUGGCCCUUCAGGUGUAAACCCAGGUGCAGGAUCAACGAGUCUUCUGGGCACCCCCCUGGCCUCGCCUCGCGCUGUCCUGCCUUCUCCGCCUCUAGGGUUCCCCAUUGCAGCAGCAGCUGGGGCGGGGAUGGGCGUGGGCGCGGGCGGGCAGGGCGCAGGGGCGGCGGGUGAUGUGUCUCGGCUGCUUGUGUGUGGGGGGAAUGAGGCGGAUGGGCGGGGGCAGUAUGGGGGAGGGGCGGGGGGAGCAGGUGGGGGGAUGGGGGGAGGAGCAGGGGAGGGGGUUGUGGGGCCGGGAGGUGGGGGGAGGUCGGCAGGGGGAGGGGGGAUUGCGGCAGGAGUGGGGCCAGGGGCGGUAGGUGGGAGGCAGAGUGUGUUGGAGAAAGUCAGUCAACACCAGAUUGCUGCCGCUGCUGCACACGGCCACACAGCAUGCUGA